GCUUAAAUAAAAAUAACUUGAUCAUUGGUAGAGUUUGAAUUGAAAUUGCAAGCAUGUAUAGAAAACAAGAUAGUCCUUUUUAAGACUAGAUACAAACACUAAAAAUUUAAGAAGUGACCCUUCUUGCCUCACUAAAAAUUUAAGAAUUUGGGUUUGGUCAUUUGUUAUGAUAGUCCCCAUGUUGUAACACAUACAAAGUUUUUGUCAGUGGAUCUUCAAGUUUAUUUCGUGUCAUUCUCAUCCACGAAUGCGAAGGUGAAGGAGCUAAAGCAAAGAAGACCCUACAGAUUCCAAAUCUUGAUGGCGUGGAUAAGCUAGUGAUAUGCCACGUGGACGUAGAAGCCCAAAAGGCUGAUAUCUCUUAUCAUCUUCCUAAUCUCUCUUUAUACAACUUUACUCUCUCUGUAUCUUCUUCUAAAUUUGUUCACAGAGUCUUGACGAAGCAAGAAUCUUUACUUGGAGAUUAGUGAGAGAGAAAUAUGUUGAAGAGAUCAAAGAUCUGAUAUCUGAGAGAGAUAAUGGGAGAAAUGACGGCGAGGUCUUCGGUUUUAUCGUCGGGGAUGUUCAGAAGUUACCACCGGCCGGUGACGACGGAGGUGAGAUCACUAUUACGGUCGAGAGUGAUGUGCCAAGUGUCAUCCGUAAAACCCGCCACGUAUUCAUCGAGACUCUCCACAGAUAUUCCUCUCAACGAGUCUCCUCAGGCUUUGUUCGAUGAGUAUUUAGAGGAUAAAUCAAGAGUAUUCGAAGCAAUGUUUCCAGAUAAGCCCAGAAGUCAUAGGCUUAACGAGGAAGAAUGGAGAAUUCAGAUGUUACCAAUAAACUUCCUCUUCCUUACUGUGUGGCCUGUGGUAGAUAUGAGGUUAAGAUGCAAAUCCAACGGUCAAGAUUAUCCGCCAGAUGUACCUUUAGAUAUAACCAAAGUUCUUGAGCUCAACAUGAUGAGAUGGAAGCUUCAAGGGCUUGACCGAGUAAUGGAACCAGCUGAUUUCAGUUUGGAAGUCAAAGGAGCAUUGUACCCUGACCGAAGAGGAAAGCACACAAGGCUCAGAGGUCAACUAGAGAUGAACAUAAGCUUUGUUCUUCCUCCGGUUCUUGAGUUGGUACCUGAAGAUGUUCGAAGAAACUUGGCCAAUGCGGUUAGAAAACUGUUACAUAAAGCUCUAUUUACCACAUCCCAUGAUUGUACAUGAUCUCUGUGUUUUUUCAUUUGAAUCUUUUACAGGUUUUGACCGGUUUAGUGGAGAAUAUGAAGCAUAAGGUUAAUGGGAGCUUGCUUUCUGAUUAUAGCAGGUUCAAGAAUGAAAGAAAAUUACAAAGAUAAUCGAGUAAACUCUAUCUUUGUUGCCUCUGUUUGACCAUGUAUAGUUCUCAAUCCGUUCAUAUAUCAGUAAGAAGCUACUUGUAAGUUAUUUAAUUGAUAUAGUCAAGUUAAGAAAUCAUUUAGUUUUUCAGUUGGCGCAAAUUUUCCAAAUUCUUUGGUUUAGCUGAAAAUAAAGUUAUAUAUUGUUUUGAUUAUUCUUAUAAUUUCUUAGUUUAGUAUUGUGUGUUAUGUUAAAAAUAUAAUAAUUUGAAAUUUAAAUUAUUUUGUU